AAAAAUGUGCAUGAAAUAAGUGCAUGCAUAUUCAAUUUUGAUUAUAUGACCAUCUUGUUUCAGUUGAGCCUGCUAUGCAUUACAGUUUUUAUCUCAUGUGCAGUCUAAUAUUGUGUCUGUAAGACUUAGUGGGCAUGUUUGCUGUGCAUGUUUGUUGGAAACUUACUUAAAUCACAGAUUGGCUGAGUGUAUGGUGAGGUGUGGGAGUCAAACCCUUCAUGUAUGAGUCAGAGUAAACAGACUGUUUUACAGGAAGAGCAGACAGAAACGAUCCACUCUGCCUUCAGGCAAAGCUUCAACCCUUUCGAGAGAAUGGAGAACUCCGAGGAGCAUUUCUACGAUUACCCAGAGUAUGAAAACAGCAGCUCUAACUUCAGCUAUGAUGACUAUCAGACCAUCUGCGAGAAAGGCGACGUUCGCUCCUUUGCAAGAAUCUUCCUCCCAGCUGUUUUUGGCUUAUCUCUAGUGAUUGGUUUAGCAGGCAAUGCUCUGAUUGUGGCAGUCUAUGCAUACUGCAAGCAACUGAAAACAAUGACUGACACAUUUAUACUCCACCUGGCAGUUGCAGACCUUCUCUUGCUCCUAACGUUGCCCUUUUGGGCAGUCGAUGCGGUCCAUGGCUGGCAGCUCGGGAUAACCAUCUGUAAACUCGUAUCUGGUCUGUACACCAUCAACUUCACCUGUAGCAUGAUGCUUUUGGCCUACAUCAGCAUGGAUCGGUAUUUGGCAUUGUCGGUGGGAUCCAGAAACCAAGGCCUUGGACGUGUUUUUCAAAAGCAGCAUUGUGGAAAACUCUGUGUGGUGGUUUGGAUGGCUGCGUUUCUUCUCGGCAUCCCUGAUUUGGUGUUUUCAACAGUCAGAGAACUCCCUCAUAAAAAAAGCUGCCUUGCGAUGUAUCCGUCAGACAUGGCGCUCAGGGCUAAAGCUAGUUUGGAAAUGGUGGAGGUAGUGAUUGGGUUUCUGCUACCUUUACUAGUGAUGUUGUUCUGCUACACCCGUGUAGGUCGAGCUCUGCUGAAGCUCUCAGAGGAUAGAAAGUGGAAGAAGUGGCAGUACAUCCGUGUUUUGCUGGCGAUGGUGGGAGUUUUCCUGGUCACGCAGUUGCCCUACAAUGUGGUUAAGUUCUGCCGGGCUUUAGAUAUCAUGUAUACAUUUGUCACUCACUGUGGGGUUAGUAAAAAGCUGGAUUGGGCUACUCAGAUCACAGAGAGCUUGGCACUUACGCACUGCUGUCUAAAUCCUGUUGUAUAUACUUUCGUUGGUUCCUCCUUCAGACAGCAUGUUUUGAAGUGUGCCAAAGACUUUGGAGACAGAGGAAGGAGGUUGGCACAUGCGAGGGAGCAACAGGAAGUAAAUAUUUCAUUGAAUUCUCAUUCGCACUCCCGAGACACCAGCACUUUCUCCAUUUGAGCAUUAGGAAUGAAGAGUUGUAGAUGUUUACCAGACUGUGGAGGAUCUGCACCAUCUGCAGCUUUGGAAAUGUGUACACAAAGUGACAGAAUGGAGCUUUGUUUCAGAGCGUUUUGACCAGAAGAGUAAAUUCUUUCUCGAGUAAAUGCUGAGACGCAAGAUGUCAACAGUCGAGUUGGUAUCGAAAAGAACAACAAAGAAAGAUCAAGCUCUGCGGAGUGAUAUGAGAGACAUGGACUUGUGUGGAUUGAUGGUUGAUUCAAGUCAUAGCAUGCUUGGGUAGACAUAUAAGACGCCAUGUUUAUUUGGACUGCAUACCAUAAUGGUAUACUGGCAGGGGCAUACGCAUACGUCAAGAUUUUUUGUUUUCAUGACAAUUGAUAUGAUAUGGAAGGCAAUCAGGGCCAGAAAUCUUUUUUUAAUUUUUAUUAUUUUAUAGGGGUUUCUUACCUUUAAACAGGACAGUAUAAAUAGAAAAGUGUGGGAGGCAGAGAGAGGGUAAGGAUAGGCAAAGGACCUCGAGCCGUGAAUCGAACUAGGCUCACCGUGAGAGAACCCUGACAUAGUUGAAAUGCAUUUAGGCAUAAACUAGAAAUACAUUUAACAUUGCCACCUUAAUAAGAUCAGUCUGUGCUUUGUUAUGCACACUUAAAAGGAGCAAUACAAAAUUGCUUCCUCUACACUAGUUAAGAUCUGCAUGCUUGCACUAUAAAAAACUCAAGCUCUGUCUAGUAUCGGUCUGAGAGUUGCAGACUUCUUAAAAAGACUUAACUAUGUCAUCAGGUGCUUAAGUUACUUUGAUCCACGCAAGUUAUGAAAGACUAUGAAAUUUUGUCCUGCAAGCACAAAGCAUAUCAGCAUAUCUGCAUGAUCAAAGCUCUGCCUUAACAUGGUCAAGCUCGGUGUGAUGACAAUAAAAUGUAAAAACUUUGGGUCCUGAUUGCCUUUCACACCAUUUGUACAUGCAUGAAUAAGAAUAAAGUAAUAGACUGACCUGAAAGUUUGCAUUUAUGCGUACGAAAGAUGAUUUCAAGACUGUGUGUGAUGUAUCUUUUUCUACAUAACCAUCUGCAAAAUUAUGAAUAAAAAGAAGUUUUCUAAACUUGUAAAA